CAGAUGAGUCUGGUGCUACUUCUCCUUUUGUUCUUGGCUCCAAGACAAAUCACACCUUAAGCACAAGUCAAAGUCUUGGUGAGAGAGGCCGGGAUGGAAACCAGCAAAUGCAGGCCGUGAGCACCUCAGCAGCAGCAUGGACUCCAAAGGGUCACUCCUGGAGAAAUGUUGAUGCUUUGGAUCCAGAGAAGUUAAUACAAUGUCCAUAUGAUAAAUCUCAUCAAAUCAGGGCCUGUCGGUUUCCCUAUCAUCUUAUAAAGUGCAGGAAGAACCACCCUGAUAUUGCAAAGCAGCUAGCCACAUGCCCCUUUAAUGCCCGCCAUCUGGUUCCCAGAGAUGAGAUCAGCCAUCAUAUAUCAAGCUGUGAUGACAAAAGCUGCAUUGAGCAAGACAUUGUGAGUCAGUCGAAUAACUGCCACAGAGAGAAAAUGAACACUGUCAGCAUGUGGCAGCCGCCCCCCUGUGACGAAGACUGGGAUAAAGAGAUCCAGGAGCAAUCAAAUUCUACAUUCGUUUGGGGCACGUUCAAUAGUGGCAUAAACAACAGCCCUGGGUCCAGCGUAGUGAUGGAACCAAAGAAUAACCUAAUGCCAGGCAUGAGAGCACCCAAGUCCUUGCCAUAUAGCCUAUCCUGGUAAAGCAGUAAGUGCAAAGACAGGUGGUCUCCCCAUGCUGUAAGCUGGGGCCUACAUGUUAGCUCAAAGUGGCACGGGACAACUUUCCUCUGUAUUUUGAUUCCACGUGUCAGCAUUCUCCUACAUAAACUGAAAUGCUUUUAUUCCCACCAUCAGCAAGUGGAGAUGGAGAGCUCUGUAACACAGUCCUCCCUAGAAGCAGCUGCAUUUCUGUGGUGGGUGGAGUGUCUUCUGUGUCCAGGUUUUAUUUCGUUGUAAUAAAGGUUCGCUUGUGGCAAA